CUGUUUUGGAGCUAUUUGUGUAGUUGAUGUCUGAGAAUAUCACCGUGGAAUAAAUUUCCCUAUAGUAGUAGUCACACUGUUUCUGUUACUUUGUAGCCCCAGGAUGGACUUUCUGGUUCUCUUCCUGUUUUACCUGGCUUUGUUGCUGAUUGGUGUUGUUAUGAUCUGCUUCUGCCCAGAAAUCCAUUAUGUGAAGGGCCUGGUCAGGGGAAGAACACAGAUAUUUUCCUGUAUAGUUUCAGAAUGCGUUCAGCGAGCCAUCCUAGAACUGCUUCAUUACCUCUUCCAUACACGAAACCGCAUCUUCAUCUUCUUGCACCUCAUCUUGCAAGGGAUGAUCUAUACUGAAUAUACCUGGGAAAUAUUUGGUUACUGUCAAGAGCUGGAGUUCUCCUUGAAUUACCUUAUUCUGCCCUAUAUGCUGCUGGUUGUAAACCUGGCCUUUUUCACAUUAACUUGUGUCAGCAACCCUGGAACCAUAACAAAGGCAAACGAAUUACUGUUUCUCCAAGUGUAUGCAUUUGAUGAAGUGAUGUUCCCAGUGAACAGGAGCUGCCCCACUUGUGAACUAAGGAAACCAGCGCGGUCCAAGCACUGCAGCGUGUGUGACCGCUGUGUGCACCGAUUUGACCAUCACUGCAUUUGGGUGAACAACUGUAUUGGAGCCUGGAAUGCGAGGUAUUUCCUUAUCUACCUCAUGACUCUGACGGCCUCAGCUGCCUCCAUAGCCGCUGUGAGCACUGUGUUUCUGGUGCACUUGGUGGUAGUGUCGGAUUUGUACUCAAAGACUUACAUUGAUGACCUGGGACGCGCCCAAGUUAUUGACUUCGCCUUUCUUAUUCAGUACCUGUUCCUGACCUUUCCAAGGAUUGUCUUCAUGUUGGGCUUUGUCAUAAUACUCAGCUUCCUCCUGGGGGGCUACCUGUGCUUUUCUUUGUACUUGGCUGCCACCAACCAGACCACUAAUGAGUGGUGCAGAGGUCAGACCUGGCCCCCACCAGCAAAGUCACAUGUCUACCGGAACAUUUACUCCCAUGGAUUUUGGAGCAACCUUGGAGAGAUCUUUCUACCUGCUACAGCAUAUUAUGAUAGGAAGAAGAAAUAAGAAUGGAAAGAGUAUUACUGCCUUUUAAAUGUUGUAUACAUUUAUUUAUACAUGUGGAU